AGCAGAUGUCGCUCCGACUUUUUUUCAACUCACGAGCAGCAUGACGUCAGAGGACACAUGACACCCCGAAACCACCCGGUGAUAUGAGUAGACGGGGUGGCUGAAAGACUACAGGCAUUCAAGCCUGUGUACACAGGAAAAAAGCCUCGUGACUGCACCUGUCUAUUGAAGUGUGCAGGUACCCGGGGUGUUUGUGGCGGGUGUUGCUACCCGGCCGCCAUAUAUUACGGUUGUAAAGGACGAGGCAGACUGUCAUGUGACACCUUGUUUUGCGUGUUUUGCCUCCGCAGCUUUGAGACAACAGAGAGGCUGACAGGUAGCUAGAGACUACAGGUGUGGGACCGCAGCACCUAGAGACGUGUAUCCACCUUUCAAAGCUGUUUCGAGGUGUGAGAAAGAUCUGGCCUCGACCUGUACUUUCAUGCGCAUGCGUGAAGGGCUAUGGAGGGUCGCCACUCUCCUAACAGACCCUCCGAUCAGGGGGCGUCACUUGUAGACCACUCGAUGUCAUCACCCCGCCACUCCCCACCUCCACGCAGUAAGUCCAACAAAUAUUCCUCCUUUUCUGUCAUCCGACCAGACGGCGACUUCCAGGAUGAACAUGGCACCUCCGUCAUGAACGGAACUCCGACAGGUGCCCCGCCCAUGGGCAGACAACUCCAGAGUGACAGCCACAUGCGGACCAUAUCCGACCCGUCCGCUGACCCCGACGUGACCCGGAACAGGUUUAGCUCGGCGAGCAGCGCCUUCCACUCGCCCUCCUCGCUGCAGAAAGCAACCUCCGUGGGCAACCUAACGAACAGCACGUCGACCUUCAACAGCUACAGCUACAGCGACAGCAGCAACAGCAACAGCUUCGCUGCUCCCACCUCCACCAACGUCUCGCGACUGCGGCGACCGAGUCGUCUCACCGUGGAGGGUGACUGGCGCGUGGAUGUGGUUCUCAAGCAGAGAUACGGGUUGCAGGAGGUGGCUUGGUGGCACUUCCGGUCAUGAAGUGGGUGGUGACCGUGCUGAUGGCCGCAGCCAUCUUGGUGGCCCUGGUGGCCGCCAAGACAGCCCUGCUGGUACUGGCCCGCUUGUUGAACCAGGCACGUGACCAAUACCGCAGCGACAGAGCGGCAAGCAGCUGGACACGCUACAGCGCCAUCUUCAUCAUGAUGUACUUCGUGAUCUCACUUCCGGCAGCCUUUAAUAUGCUGCGCGCCUUUUGGUUUGGUGUUUUGGACAAAGCAGUGCCGUGGCCUCGACCCAAGUCUAUUAUUCUGACUGUCAUCAACGCUGCGAUGGAAGCUGUGGGGCUGUGCCUGAUGUGCUACUCAGUGCUGGGUUACUACGAGGCGCCAGUGUCGCUGUUGCUCCUGGCAACCCCCUUGGUGCUGCCCUCUGUCGACAACCUCCGCUUGACCGUCACCUUGCGCCGGAGACAGCUGGUGUCCACUCUUCCCGUCUUCCUGUCUUUUGUUGGAGUCGUAUCGUGUGUGGCAGCCAUUAGCCUCACCGUCUACCUGAUGACGGCCACGGCCACCAUUGUCGCCGACGUGUGGAGGGUGGCAGUUGCUGUCGUGGCGCUGUCGGUGGCGUGGCUACCCUGCUUCCUACGACGGCUUUCGCUUUCUGAUGACCAGCCUGCACCUCGGGCCCAAGACAGUGACAGCGCCAUGCAAACCUCGCCGUUGACAGCCAGCGACCACGAAGACACCGAAAGGCCAGUUGCUGGUGGUGAUGUCCCCCUGGAUGUGGUGGACCAACAGGUCAUCUUCCUGCCGGCGGUGUGGAAGGCCGCCUUUGUACUUCACGCCUGCAAGCUUGUCUUCAUCUUCAUCGUCAGCUUCUUCAUCUACUCCUUCGACUCUGGGAUCAGCGUCUCGCAGGUGUUUUCGUCGGUGAAUCGGGAGGGCUUCCGGGAUGCGUGGAAUCUGGGAAUGUUGUGGACGGACAGGCCGCCUUGGUUGCCAUGAGCGUUACCUUGACAACGGGGUGUGCGGUGUACGCGCUGUCCUUCUUCGCGUGUCACAUUCACAUCAUGCGGGGGGCGCUCGUCCCGCCCCUGGUCCUCAACAUCGGCGUUGCCCUCCUCCUGCUCCUCGUCCAGCCACUGUGCGACUCAGUCGUCGGCGAUGUCUGCGACUCCAACAAAGAUGUUAUUACUGCCUUCGUCUUCGCGGCCAUCUUCUUCGCUCUGGCUCACGUGGGCUUCACGUGGAGGUUCUUCCACACCGACCCAGUGCUUCUGCUGCAAGAAAAUAAAGUAAACUGUGUUUCUGGUGCCUGUACUCCAUGGAUGUCUGGUGGCCGUGUUGCAGGUAUUUCUGAUGCCCGGCUACAGUGGCGCAGCACACGACACCACCAUCUGCUGAACGCGAGGCCCAUAAUGACCAGCUUGUCAGGGGAGACCAGGAAAACAUCUAAAGAAAGGACAAAGAUUUAUAUCUGUACAACCAUGUACAGAGAGGAGGAGGAGGAGAUGCGGCAGCUGCUGGAGUCCAUCAACCUCAUCAACAAGGCGCAGGCGGAGGGCGAGCGAUGCUUCGAGUCCCACAUCGUCUUUGAUGGCGGCGUCAAGCAGCGCGAGCUGUCCGAGUUCGCCCUCGUUCUCGUCUCGCUGCUCGAGAGCACGCUGGGUAUCAAGCCGUCUCACUGCACAAAAUCGUGACUCCCUUACGGCCUCCGCCUCAACUGGUCCUUACCUGUGGAACCUGGCAAGAAAAGCAUGCCCUUCAGCAUUCAUCUUAAGGACAACUAUCUGGUGAAGAACAAGAAGCGAUGGAGUCAAGUCAUGUACAUGUCGUACGUACUGGACUUUCUGGAACAAGAGGACGAGGAGAGCUUCAUCCUGACCACUGAUGCUGACGUGGUCUUCACGCCGGACUCAGUUGAAGCUUUGCUGGACCUGAUGACACGUGACCAGUCCAUCGGUGCCGUAUGCGCGCGCACACAUCCCAUGGGUGACGGGCCUUUGGUGUGGUACCAGGUGUUCGAAUACGCCAUUGGCCACUGGUUUCAAAAGGCGGCGGAGCACGUGCUGGGGUCAGUGUUGUGUGCACCCGGAUGUUUCAGCGUGUUUCGAUGCCGAGCUCUGGCCGAUGUUUUGCCCAAAUAUUCUCGUCGCGUGGAGACGCCCUUCGACUUCCUGACCAAAGACAUGGGCGAGGACCGUUGGCUGUGCACCCUGAUGGUCCAGAGCGGCUGGCGGAUUGAGUACUGUGCCGCCGCUGAGAACAGCACCAACUGCCCGAGUCAGUUUGAAGAGUUCUACAAGCAGCGCCGCCGCUGGGUGGCCUCCACCCUGGCCAACCUCAUGCUCAUCGUCAAGGAGUGGCGCUACGUGCGCAUGCUCAACUACGGAGUUCCGGUCAUCUUCCUGAUGUACCAAGGGCUCCUGCUCUUCUCCACCCUCAUCGGUCCCUCCACCAUCAUCCUCGUCGUGUCUGGUGGUCUGUGGUACGCCUGGGCUGUCGAUGCCAUCACCUCUGUCAUCCUGCAGUUCUUGGUGUGCGGCUUCGCCGUCUUCUGUCUGUACGUCAGUCAGCAAACACAGCUGAGGGUGGCCAAGGUGUACACCUUUCUGUACGCCAUCGUCAUGACGGCGGUGGUGGUGGGGACGGCGGUGCAGAUCGUCACCGACAUCGAAACCGGCACAACACAGUCGUCUGCCCAAUCCAACGGGUCCACGACCACAACCAUCGGACCUCCCAGCGAGCAUAUCAGCAUUGAUAUUCCUGUCUCUGUCGCCACCUUGUACUUCGGUGGACUGGUGGCCAUCUUCCUGCUCGCCUCAUUUCUCCACCCUCGUGAGGCCUACUGUCUGGUUCACGGCGUGUGGUAUCUCCUGUGUCUACCCUCCGGUUAUCUUGUCCUCACCAUCUACAGCAUCUGCAACAUCACCGACUCCAGCUGGGGUACGCGGGAGCAAAGUGAGGUCGUGUCAACGGUUAAAAACGUCUCAUGGAAAAAACGAGUUCGAAAGCUGCUUGAGGAAAUAUUUUUUUGUAUUGUCUGCGCGUGUGUUUUUAUUUGUCCGUGUGUUGUGCUUGUGUCUCCUGCAGCUGCUGCAACAAAAAUGCGUCCAAAGUUGCCACACGACAUCGAGGUGCAGACCUAUGCCACCCCCGCCAGGCUCUCCUCCAUCCAAGAGGAUCCACCCUCCCCUACUCCCACCAGAGAUCAUCAGGCAGACAUCUUCCCUUCCUACGAUGAGCAGUCAGCAGACGACACAGACUCAGAAGUCUCGCCGGAGUACGUUCCCAUACCGGUGGAGGAAUGGUUACCUCCAGAGUUGCAGGGGCCGUAUGUGGAGCUAUUCAAGCGGAACGGUUUUGACAGCACGCUCUUCAUCGCCGGCAUGACCGAGACAGAGCUCAAGCGUAUUGGCGUGACGUCACGAGGUCACCUACACUACCUGCAGGCCAAGAUCGGUCAAAUACCUGCCUUUGAAAUCGAGUACAAAGUGCCGGUCAGCGUCAACGAAUGGCUGGCAGAAAUCGGUCUGAGCAUGUACGGCGAGAACUUCCGCCGGAACCAGAUCCGUGUGCCCAAAGAAAUGGAGAUCCUCAAGUCCCUCAGUCGCAAGGACAUUGAGCGCGAGCUGGGCAUCGCUAAAGACGGUCACAUCAAGCGACUCAUGUACGCCAUUACCAAGCUGAGGGAUCCUACGGAGAGACAGCAAAAGGCUAUGCGUAUGCGUCAAGUGUUAGAUGAUGUAUCCAUCCACUACCUCGAAGAGACAAAUGUCGAGGAGCAUUCCUUCUGGGAGAAACUUCGUAAGGUUUGCCUAGAACCUGACCUCAAAGCUUUUGGGUUAGAAGGCGAAGUUAAACAGAAGCUGGCUGAGCUACGCAACAACUGGCUGGUGAUCCUGGGCGUCAGCAACACCAUCUGGCUGAUCCUGAUAUCCACCGUGGCCUCCAAGAGUGAACUCACUGUCCUCGGGGCGAACCCCCUCGGUGUCAGCUUCCUGUUCGUGUUCGGCCUUCUCUUCAUCAUUCAGUUCCUGACCAUGUUAGUGCACCGUCUGACCACCGUCUCCCACUACCUGGCGCGCGCCCCCUACAGGUGUGGCAGGCCGAUGAAGACUACCUGGUCCUUCAAGGGAGGGUCUGGACAGAAGGUGCUGGAGGACUCGGCAGACAUCUUAGCCUUGCAGCAGACAGCCAUAGGUCGACGGAAAUCUGACGCACGUCUCCGUGGAAGGAAGAGAAAGAGUCGUCAGCCCUCACCUGCACUGGGAGUCGUAGACGAAAGAGCGGACGAGCAGGCUAACGAAAGCACACCGCUUAUUUGAUCGCAGAAGAAAAGGCGGGACUUCAGUUCAGUCGUCUCCCUUAGCAAGCUGGAUAAUGGCAUCCCUUGUGCACUGCUUGUCAGAUGCUGAUGUAGAUAGGAACACAAACAUCCUCUGUCGGGCUUGCUUUUGAUUUUUUAUUGGUGGGGACAGAGACUCGAAAUCUUUCUUGGGUCCACGAGCGAUUAACACUGGAUUUUUAUCUGUUUUGUAGCACAAAGACACUUGUUUGAGCAAAGUAACAAUUUCAACAGGACACUUUGAACAUGGUCGUGGUUACAGUGAGCAAGAUAUCCUGUCGAGAGGAUAUGUGAUGAGUUCACGAAACUUGUGACCAAAGGUCAACCUACAUACUGGAUUAUGUAAUCUUUUCAGAGCUCUGCAUAAAAUCGCCUUUAAUGACAUCAUAAUUUUCACAUACACUCAGUCACACUCGCACACACCAAAAAAAAAAAAAAAAAAAAAAAAAACAUAUACACACACUUUACAGCCAAAACUAAGUCUUUACUGAUGUACUUAAGCAAUUUAUAAAUGUAUUAUGCAUGUUUGCGUGUAUGUCUGUGUGUGCAUUUGAGCGCUUGUGAUGGGAUAGUCUGUGUGAGGGGAUGCGUGUUCGUGUGUUUGCACGUGUGAUCAGACACUACUCAUGACCUUUUAAGUCUGUCCCCAAAUGCCGAGAUUGCAACACUACAAAAUACUGACAUUGAUAAGAUGUUUAUGUAUUUUCGUAGCACAGCUUUCAUGAUAUUGUAAUUUGUAAUUAUUUAUUUGCUUUACUCUUUUGUAUACUUCAAUGUGGAUUGUAACUCGCCUAGUCUUUCAUUGUCUUUGUUCAUGUCAUUUGAUGUGACAAAAAAAUUCCAUUGUUGAUCUCAACCUCAGCCAUUCGUUAACUUUGCUUCAAUAGAUUUUAGUUCAUUUCUUCAAAUUUUAUAAAUUAUAAACAGCUCUCCUUUUAUAUUUUUUCAUGGGUUUAUAAAUGCGGGUUGUUUUAAAUUGAUGAACAUCAUAAUGUCAUAUGGAAGUGAAUUUUAAUCUUUUUGAUUAAAAACUGUUUGAUAUUUCUUACUUUUAAUACGGCAGUUUGUAGUCACGACGAUGAAAAUCCUUCGUUAAAAAAAAUUUUGUAUACGCAAUAAAAUUGUUCUUAAAUAA